ACUGACUGCUGAGUAUUCUUCACUCUGCUCUUUGUGUCGGUCUAGGUUCACGCUAUUGAUUAAUAAAAUAAGUUUGCUGCACGAAUAUAUGUUUGGAUACGCGGAAAAGUUUUGAUAAUUGUGUAGUUCCUUGUUGGACUUGGUCAGCACACAUUUGCUUAUUUGGUGCAGUGUGGUUUUGCUGGAAACCUGUUUGUGGUACUUCGUGUGGCAGUGAGUGCAGUUCUUAGUGACUACUAAAGUGUUUGGAGUGUGACUACAGUGACUACAGUGAUUACAGUGACUAUGGAUCUUCAGAAGCUGGAUGCUCAUGUAACGCUAGAUGAAGACAAACCUGUCGUCUCCUUACAGGGAGAGUUAAAGAAAGAGGAGGACGUUAGAGAAAGGGAGGAGAAAGCACUUGUUGAAGUACAGAAUGCAAAUUCAAACAGAAGCAGGGUGGAAAAGCUUGAGAAGCUUAUAAAGGCCAAAGAGAACAGUAUCAAAACAUUUAUUACAAAGAACGAUGCUCUGACUUCAGAAUUGCUGGGGGUCAAAGAAUUGCUCUAUGAGAAAGAUAUGGCUUUCAGAUCAGUUAGUGACUCGCUGAAUGUGGUAGUAGAGCGGUGUAAUCACAAGUCUAAACAAGUCCAAGGGCAACUUGAGACUAACGAUGAGCUGACUGAUCACAACGCGAUGUUACGAUCUGACGUAGAUAUUUUGAAAAGAAAAGUGUCAGAUCUUGAAAGUGAGGUUGUUGAUUACGAGAAACUGAACGAAGAAAACAACGACGCGUACAAAAACCAAAAGCAGCUACUCAGGAAAAGAGAGGAAGAACUUCUAGAACUUCGGAGUGAAUUCGAAGAAAAAAUAGACAGGCAGUCAGAGUCGACAGCUUCAGUUCGAAAGAAAGCAGACCGGUGCUUGAACGAGAGCGAGCAGACGAAGGAUCAGCUGAAGAAAAUGAAAGAUAAAUUAGAGAAGGAAAGAGAGACCCAUUUUGAGGAGAUCCAGAGUCUCGAAAUGGAGAAGAACGAACUGAUUCAGAAGCUGAGCAGUUCAGAUAAUCUGCUUAAGAAAUCCCGGGAGGAGUACCUGUCCACGGCCAACAACCUGACCUUCACGGAAGCCGACUUCCAUGCCCUUCAACUUAAAUUCAACAGUCUGACCAAGGACCACGCCUCAAUCAAGAGUGAUCUCCAGAGUCACGAACAGAAAGUUACUACUCUCACUACCGAGAAUAAAACCUUGAAGAAAAAGAUGGACAAUUUAGAGAUCGACCAUGAUACUCUAGUUCAACAAAGAGUUUCGCUCAAUAACAGAAUUCAAAAUCUGCAAAGAGAGAUUGAAGAUGAGAAGGAUAAGGGGUUGAAGAACAACCAAAUAAUUGAGGAUCUAAAGAGGCAGGCACAGCUGUAUCUGAAUGAUCUGAACCUUUCCAACACACGCUCCACUGAGUUCGCCAAGUCUACUCUGGAAGAAGAGGAAGACUUGCGGAGGAAGUGGCAGAACAGAAUGAAGGAAUCCGAAGACGAGAUUAAUCGGUUAACUGCAAAAUUAAAACUAUCAGAAAAGAACAGAGCCGAGCAAUGCGCGGAUCUGGAGCAGCUUAACUACGACCUCAACAGCACCAACAGAAAUAUGGUGUCAUUGGAGAAAAAGCACAACAACGCUGAGAUCAUGUUGGAAGAGCAUGUCUCACUCGAUCAGGAGAACAGAGAGAAGAUAGAAACCAUGAAGAGGAGGAAUGACAGACUACCAGAACCAGAUAGGAGCUCUGAAGCAAGAGAAGGAGGUGGACAUAAGACAGCAGAGAGAUCUUAGGAACAAGAUCAAGACUCUUCAGGAUAGGGUGGAGGAUCUCGAACAUGAAGAGGAGUGUUCGGAGAGAAAGACUCAAGAGAUGGGAAGGCAAGUGAUGCGUCUUCAAGAACAAUUAGAAAUGGCUAAUGGUGCAAUAUCUGAACUCACUGAGGAUGUUGAGAAAGCCAACCAUAGAGCUGAUAAAACACACAAAGACAGUCUCCUUGCUAUGGAACAGAAAACAAACAUUCUGGCUGAGAAAGAUGACGAGAUAGAGAUGGUAAAGAAGACAUGUCGGGGAACAAUAACCCUCCUUAAAAACCAGCUGGAGGCUGCUGAGCAGGAGAUCAACAAACUAAUUCUGAUUAAGAAAGAAUUGGAAGGCGAGAUCAUGCUACUACAGGAUGACUUGGAUGAAGCUGAGGCCACUGUAAAUGAACUUAACAACGAGAUACCUCGCCAGCAGGACAUCUUAGAGCAGUUGAACAUGAGUCUGGGUGAGGCUACAGCACGUUGUGAAGCGUUACAGGACGCCCUGGUCCGAGCUGACCUCAAGUGUACCCAGCUUUCAACACGGAAUGACGAGCUAGAGGACCACGUGAAGCAGGGUGAGACACAGAAGCGCCUGACUGAUCAAGAUAACAUCGACCUCCACAACAAGAUAUCAGAACAGUCAGCCAAGGGAGAAGCUCUGUUGGACACCAUCGCUAAAGUGGAGGCUCAGCUGGAGAUACAGUCCGGUUUGAUGGAGGCGAUGGAGGCAGAUAAGAGCAACUGGGAGCUAGAGAGACGUAAAAUGAGGGAACUGAUCACUACGCUGGAAGCUGAUAAUCAGCAUCUUGAGGAGGUCAGAGUUGGUCUGGAAUGUUCCGAAAACAAGAUCAAGUCCCGUCUCAGGGAGGCUAUAUCAGAACACGAUGACGCCAUCAAGAGUGUGAAGAACACCCACCGAGCGAGAACACGUGCUCUGGAGAGCAGAGUAGCGGAACUAGAGGGGAACCUGGAAGAGGAGACCGAGAGGAGGACUCAUUUAGAGAAGGGACUGAAACGAUUGGAACGACUCCUAAAAGAGUUGGAGAUCCAAGCGAUGGAAGAUACCCAGACGAUUGAAAGACAGGUGGAUCAGAUAGCUAGUGUUAACAACAGAAACAAACAGCUCAAAACUCAGUUCGCUGAUGCAGAAGCACGCAUUAUAUCGCUGCAACAGAAACUCCGAAAGUUGACGACUGAGGUUGAGGAUAGUGAGGGAAGGAAACGCUACCAUGACUAAAAUGUUGAGCACACCUGCUAGUCGUUGUACUUCCCGACAAUCGAGAGCCACGUUCCGAUCAUCCCGGCCGGAGACUGCCAUGUCAUGGGACAUGGAAGGGACGCAGGAUCUGAACCAAGUUCUGAACGAUAAGCUGUAUACACAAAUGAUGAGGAACAGUGUUAUGGGAAGCAGGUCCGUAAGUAGACUGAUCAGCCCGGAGGUAGAGUCAAUCAUGAUGUCUGGUCGAAACAGCCCGGUUGGACCCCUGUCCAUCCUCUCCGGACGAAACAGUCCAGCUUCCCAAAGAGCUGCAUCUCCUGCUGGGAGCAUCAGAAACUUCCAGUUUGAGGACAACUUGUUGACCAAGGAUUAUGAGAUUGAAGGCGAGAGUAAAACAGAAAGUGAAAGUAAGCCUGAAUGCGAAAAUAAGGAUGUCGACGAGAGUAAAUCAGAUGAGGCAAAGCCGAUUGUGUCACCAGAGGAUAAAGUUCCAGAAGUUAUUUUGACAGAGGAAGAUGUGAAGAAACCAGUAGAUUUUGCAAAAGAAGAGGGAUGUCAAGUGAUUGGUGAGAAGGCACUAUGGGAGAAGGAAAUUAUUGUACCAGAGAAUGAUCAAGAAAAUGCACCAAAAGCAGUAAAUGGGCACUAAAUUUACAAGCACUUUCAAUGGACCGGGAAAAAUUGAAUGGGGACUUUCAAAAUGGCGGAGGGGAAAUUAUUAUUUGAUAAUGAUAGUAAUAGUAUGAUUAUGAAUAUUUUACAAUGGUUUUAUUUAAAACUAUUUAUUAUUUGAAUUUUAGGGAUCAGACUAGACGACAAGAUAUGGACAAAUAUUUACAAUCUAGAUUAAUUAGACGAAGGCACCCAGUGACUAUGAUUUGGUAAUAAUUUUUGUGAAUGAGAUUGCGAUUUUUUCUGUAUUUGAGUUAUGAAUUUGAAUGAAGAAUAUUUUAUAUUUCUCAA